GUGCCAAACAAAGAUAUGAGGAUCUUCACAAAGCUCUCUGCACCACUCUACUUCCUUUUUGUCUUCCUCUGUCUUAAAACUGCCUUCUCAUCCUCCAUACAUGCUUCUUCCUUCUCAACAACGCAUCUCUGCUCUCAUGAGGAGGCUCUUGCUUUGCUGCAGUUCAAGACAUCCUUCUCCAUCAAUUACACUGUUCCGUAUCAAGAUUAUUGUGCGGAUCUUUUUUAUAUUAAACCUAAUUAUUCUAAGAUUGAGUCAUGGAAGGAAGGUAUAGACUGUUGUUCCUGGGAUGGGGUUAGCUGUGAUAAUGUCACAGGCCAUGUAAUUGCCCUUAAUCUCAGCUGCAGUUUCCUUUAUGGCACUUUUCCUUCCAACAGCACUCUUUUUCUCCUCAAAAACCUACAAAGCCUCAAUCUUGCUUUCAAUGAUUUUAGGCUUUCCAAGAUUCCACCAGAAAUCAGUCAGUUUACUAGACUAAAGCAUCUUGAUAUCUCUGAUUCUCGAUUUUCGAGCCAUGUUCCGGGAGAAAUUGCUCACCUCCCCAAGUUAGUUUCUCUCAACCUCUCUAAUUAUUACAUUUCUUCUGACUUGAUCCUUGAAAUUACUACCUUCAAAAAUCUUGUUCAUAACUUGAGUGAGGUGAGAGAACUUGUGCUUAAUGGAGUGAACAUGACUUCUGUUAAUCCUCGUUUCUUCAUGAAUCUCUCUUCUUCUUUGACUACUCUUCGUCUUUUUAAUUGUCAGUUGAGAGAAAACUUUCCAAACAGUAUUUUCCACUUUCCAAAUCUCAAGGGAUUUAGUUUAGGUGGAAAGGGAAACCUCACUAUUGAUCUUCCAAGUUCCAAUUGGAGCAGUCCUCUCCAAUGGUUGUAUUUAGGUGAUAUGGAUUGCGGAAGGCGAUUGCCAGAGUCUAUAGGAGAUCUAAAGUCAUUACUGUCUCUGAGUCUUAGCUGCAACUUGGAAGGUUCCAUUCCAGCUUCCAUAGGGAACUUAUCUCAACUAACUGACCUAAGCCUCUUUUCUAACAAUUUUAACAGACAAAUCCCAUCAUCACUUGCAAACCUCACUCAACUUACCUCUCUUUACCUUUCCAAUAAUCAGUUUUCUGGUCUCAUUCCAACAUCACUUGCAAACCUCACACAACUUACCUCUCUUGACCUUUUCAAUAAUCAGUUUUCUGGUCCCAUUCCAGCUUUCAUAGGUAACUUAAGGCAACUUACUAGCCUAAACCUCUAUUCUAACAAUCUUGGCAGACAAAUCCCAUCAUCACUUGCAAACCUCACCCAACUUACCUCUCUUGACCUUUUCAAUAAUCAGUUUUCUGGUCCCAUUCCAACUUCCAUAAGUAACUUAAGGCAACUUACUGGCCUAUACCUCGAUUCUAACAAUCUUAGUGGACAAAUCCCAUCAUCACUUGCAAACCUCACACAACUUAGUUAUCUCUCCCUUUCUUAUAACUUACUUAAUGGCACGUUGCCACCUUGGAUUUUCACCCUACCUUUGUUAGAGUCCUUGUAUCUCAAUCAUAACCAACUUCAAGUACCUAACAUGUUCUCGGCGCUUCAAAAUCUCGAAAUUCUUGACCUUUCUCAUAACAACUUAAUCGGGAAGAUUCCAAAUUGUCUUCCUAAGUCUCUCUCAGUGUUGAAUUUGCAGGCCAAUUACUUUGAUGGAAAUAUAGCAUUUGGGUUUCUAGAGGGCUGUGGAUUACGAAAUCUCAACUUACAUGGAAAUCAAAUGGACGGCUUAUUACCAAGGUCUUUGGUGAAUUGUCGCAUGUUAGAGGUUUUAGAUGUUGGCAACAACAACAUAAGUGGUACAUUCCCUCAUUGGUUGGAAUCUCUACCACACCUUCAAGUGCUUGUCUUAAGGUCCAACAAGUUCCACGGUUCUGUGCAGAGCACCAAAGAAAGUCCAUCUUUUCCCAAGUUGCGAGUUCUGGACCUCUCCAGCAAUUAUUUUGUUGGUGCUUUGCCUGUUCGAUACAUUGAAAAUUUUAAUGCGAUGAUGGACCCUCAUAAAGAUGGUGGUUCCCCUAAAUACAUGAUGGUGUCGACGAGAGCCAAUUCUUAUCAAUAUUCACUGGUUGUGACAUGGAAGGGAUUCGACUAUGAGCUGCAGAAAAUCUUGACCGUAUUCAGUAGUAUUCAUCUCUCAAAUAACAUGUUUGAGGGAGAAAUUCCAGAUGUUAUUGGAAAGCUUAAUUCUCUCAAAGGGCUUAAUCUUUCUCAUAACAACCUUACUGGUCAUAUCCCAUUGUCACUAGGGAAUUUAACGAAUCUGGAAUGGUUGGAUCUCUCUUCCAACGGGCUGACAGGGAAAAUUCCUGAUGAAUUGGUAUCUUUGACACAACUCUCUGUAUUGAAUCUUUCAAAUAAUCAUCUUGUUGGGCGCAUACCACAGGGUAGUCAGUUCAACACCUUUGGAAAUGGUUCUUAUGAAGGAAACCUUGGACUGUGUGGAAUCCCAUUGUCAAAAUCUUGUGAUGGAAUUGGGACACAGCCGAGCUCCUUCCAAGAAAAGGAUGAGUUGUGGAGAUUUGGCUGGAGAGUUGUGGUGUUAGGCUAUGGAUGUGGAGUUGUUUUUGGACUGCUGAUGGGAUAUCUUGUCUUCCGAACAGGGAAACCAAAAUGGUUUGUGUCUUUGUUUGAUGGGCGACCAAGUCAAAGUGGAAGGAAGAUGAGGAGAGCCAGAAAACUUGUUCAAAAAAGAAACUAGUUGCAGAGUUGAUGUUUUAGACUUUCUGAUUUAACAUUUAAUGAAUAAGUGCUCUUUGGGUUUAAAGUUUUUGUCAUGGUUGGCAUUGGCUUGUAUAGAAUUGUCAGCCUUCUCGUCUUUAUUGUGCUUUGUAAUUUUGUCUUUCUUUAUUGUAAAAUAUAUUGAGAAAGUGUUUACAAUCUGGGCGGACUAAUAAAGUAUCUUCAGAACCUCAUGGACUUUUCUAUUUAGAUGCUCCGUCAGCAUCUGUCUGUCUACUAAUCCAAUUAGUGAAGCCUGCAACAGAAGUAGGGGGAGUGACUCCUUCUGUUUAUUCAUGUAAAGAACCUGUAUGUAUGAAGAACUUAUAUGUUUCCAUCUUGUUCAUCUUCAAUCUGACCUCUGAUUAAAUGUGACAAAAUUUCUCUUUUGUUGGCUUGCUUGUUACCUGGCAACAAGAAUUUUACCUGUUGGCUUGCUUGUUACCUGGCAGCAAGAUUUUUACCUGUUGGCUUGCUUGUUAUCUGGCAGCAAGAAUUUUAACUAUUGCCCCCUCAUCAUCUGUCUUUCAAUUGGUGAUUAGAAUUCAAUGUUUUGGUACGUCUAGUACGAAGGGAUGUUUAUUUCUCAGAAAUAUUAAUCGACUGGAGUUUGGUGAACGUUGACAUUUUAAAAGAUGAGAGAAAACAAAGCAAUAAAAAAACCUGGUGAUGCAGCUGUUGUGCAUUUGAACUUAAAUUGUUACAUUGCAUGCUAAGUGUUCUCAUUUUAGUGAAGAGAUGAUUAGGAAAGUCUAUAAAUAAUUUAAAGGCAA